UGUAUAUAUUGGCUUGUUAAAUCCGAUUCGCCUCAGAACCCCAACCUUCGUUCACAGUUCAGGCAUACAGUUCAGCGGAGAGCGAGAGAGGGGAGAGAAAGCCAUAAUCAUGAGUCUGGUCGCGAACGAGGAUUUCCAGCACAUUUUGCGUAUCCUGAACACCAAUGUCGAUGGGAAGCAGAAGAUUAUGUUUGCUAUGACUUCCAUCAAAGGUAUUGGUCGCCGCUUCGCCAAUAUCUGCUGCAAAAAAGCCGAUAUCGACAUGAACAAAAGGGCUGGGGAACUUACUGCUGCUGAAAUUGAUAACUUGAUGACCGUUGUUGCAAACCCUCGCCAGUUCAAGGUCCCUGACUGGUUUUUGAACAGGCAGAAGGACUAUAAGGAUGGUAACUAUUCACAGGUUGUCUCCAAUGCAUUGGAUAUGAAGCUUAGGGAUGACCUUGAACGCCUGAAGAAAAUCAGAAACCACCGUGGUCUCCGACACUACUGGGGGCUCCGUGUACGUGGACAGCACACCAAGACAACUGGGCGUAGGGGAAAGACUGUUGGUGUCUCGAAGAAGCGUUGAUUUUGGUUGCAUUCGAAUCAUGGAUGGUUUUGUUUUAGAAUAUAUUUAUAUCUUUUAUUUGUGAUAUUAGUAUUUAGUACUAGUACUUUUUAAAGCUAAAAGCAUGAGCUUCCAUGUUUUUGUCAAGCAGGCAUGAUUUCACAUUCCUCUUUAUUACAUUACUGGAUAAGUUUUGAGAUCUGUUUGUUUCGUUUUAUGAAAUGUCUUUUGAAGAUGCCUAAAA